GCUGCUUAUCCAAAGUAGGGAGAUUAGAAAGGAAUUCCCCAGGCCUUCCGCUUUUUCUACCACUGUCUACACUGAAGGGAUAGGUUGUGUAGACGGCAGGGGCUUUUUUUCCUUCCUCUUCCUGAAUCCUGUCUUCAAAAUAUGAAUGUGUUACGCCUGAAUUUUCUUCCCAAAAAUGAAAAGAAGCAGAACAAUAGUCAAUUUGCCAUACUGAGUUCUGUGCCCGGCUGGAAAGCAAUCUCCAGGUCUGGCCUUCAGCAUCUGACUCCUGUUCAAAACCUCAACCUGGGCAUCAGUAAUGGACCCGUGAAGGAGCCGAGAAUGGCACUAGAAUGGAGUGAAAAUGCAAUAAAUGGCGAACAUCUCUGGCUGGAGACCAAUGUAUCUGGGGAUCUGUGUUACCUGGGAGAGGAAGGCUGCCAAGUUAAAUUCUCAAAGUCAGCUGUUCGAAGAAAAUGUGCUGCCUGCAAGAUUGUGGUCCACAACGCGUGCAUGGAGCAACUGGAAAAGAUUAACUUCCGGUGCAAGCCAACUUUUCGAGAAGGCAGUUCCAGAUCUCCAAGAGAGAAUUUUGUUCGACAUCACUGGGUUCACAGAAGGCGACAGGAAGGGAAAUGUAAACAAUGUGGAAAGGGAUUUCAACAAAAAUUCUCCUUUCAUAGUAAAGAGAUUGUGGCUAUCAGCUGUUCAUGGUGCAAGCAAGCGUUUCACAAUAAAGUCACCUGCUUCCUGCUGCAGCACAUUGAGGAGCCUUGUUCCCUAGGAGCUCAUGCUGCUGUUAUUGUUCCCCCCACCUGGAUCAUUAAGGUGAAGAAGCCUCAGAAUUCACUGAAAAAUUCAACCAGGCGGAAGAAAAGAACCUCUUUUAAAAGGAAAGUCAGUAAAAGAGGAAAUGAGGAGAACAAAGGGCGACCUUUUGUGAUUAAGCCGAUCUCUUCCCCUCUCAUGAAACCCUUGCUUGUAUUUGUGAAUCCAAAAAGUGGAGGGAAUCAGGGUACUAAAGUGCUCCAGAUGUUUAUGUGGUACUUGAAUCCUCGUCAGGUUUUUGACUUGUCUCAGGAAGGACCAAGAGAUGCGCUUGAAUUGUACAGAAAAAUGCCAAAUCUGCGAAUCCUGGCUUGUGGUGGCGAUGGAACGGUUGGCUGGAUCCUCUCCAUUCUGGAUGAAUUACAGUUGAAUCCCCAACCUCCUGUGGCUGUACUUCCACUCGGCACUGGGAAUGAUCUUGCUCGCACUCUCAACUGGGGAGGGGGAUAUACUGAUGAACCUGUUGCGAAAAUUCUCUGUCAUGUAGAAGAUGGAGCCAUCGUUCAAUUAGAUCGUUGGAAUCUUCAAGUGGAGAGAAACCCUGAUUUGCCCCCAAAUGAACUUGAAGAUGGAACACAUAAGCUCCCCCUCAAUGUUUUCAAUAAUUACUUCAGCCUCGGAUUUGAUGCCCAUGUCACGCUGGAAUUCCAUGAAUCUCGAGAGGCAAAUCCUGAAAAAUUCAACAGCCGGUUUAGAAAUAAAAUGUUUUAUGCCGGGGCAGCUUUUUCAGAUUUCCUUCAGAGGAGCUCUAGAGAUUUAUCCAAACACGUGAAAGUUGUGUGUGAUGGGACUGACUUGACUUCCAAGAUUCAAGAGCUGAAAUUUCAAUGUAUAGUAUUUUUAAACAUACCCAGGUAUUGUGCUGGCACAAUGCCCUGGGGUAAUCCAGGAGACCAUAGAGAAUUCGAACCUCAGAGACAUGAUGAUGGUUACAUUGAGGUCAUUGGAUUCACCAUGGCAUCCUUGGCUGCUCUUCAAGUAGGAGGUCAUGGAGAGAGGUUACAUCAGUGUCGGGAAGUGACUCUACUAACGUAUAAGCCCAUCCCCAUGCAAGUGGAUGGUGAACCAUGUCGGCUGGCUCCAUCGCUUAUCCGAAUAUCCCUUAGGAAUCAGGCCAAUAUGGUGCAGAAAAGCAAGAGAAGAACAUCCAUGCCUUUGCUCAAUGACAUCCAAAAAGUGCCACCCGUUGACCUGAGGAGAGUUUCGGCUCCCCCUGAUUCUUUCACCAUCCCCCACGCCAUCCCGAAUCGCCUGCGAAUCAGAGUGAAUAGGAUUAGCUUGCAAGAUUACGAGGGACUGCAUUAUGACAAGGAAAAACUCCGGGAAGUUUCUAUUCCACUGGGAAUUAUAGUUGUCCGAGGAGAUUGUGACUUGGAGACUUGUCGUAUCUAUGUGGAUCGCUUGGAAGAGGAUUUGCAGUCUGUAUCUUCAACAACACAGAAAGUCCACUACCAGGACCAGGAAAGCUCAUUCCCAAGAGUAUUGUCUGUUCAGAGACUAUCCCCUAGAUGGUGCUUCCUAGAUGCAACUUCUGCUGAUCGCUUUUACCGCAUCGACAGAUCUCAGGAACAUUUGCACUUUGUGACAGAAAUAUCACAGGAUGAGAUUUUUAUCCUGGAUCCAGAAUUGGGGGCAGCUCAACCAGCAGGGACACCUCCAGGAAUGCCUGAUCUGGUGGUAGAGCAGGCAUCUGGAAUGUCCGAUCGGUGGAAUCCUGCUAUUCGAAAGCGCAUGUUGAGUGACAGUGGUUUGGGGAAGAUGUCCCCUCAUUAUGAAGUACCUGAGAAACAAAAGGAGGCCAGCCAGGCUCACCUGCUACAGUCUCCUGUUUCUUCAGAAGAUCAAGCACUUUUACAGUCAGUAAUAGCUGGCGAUUUUCUAAGAUUUGUAGAAUGCUGUAAAAAAGGAGCUAAUUUAUUAAUCCAGGGACCUGACCACUGUUCUUUGCUUCAUCAUGCAGCAAAGACUGGGCAUGUUGAGAUUGUAAAAUACAUUCUAGAACACGGUCCUUCUGAGUUACUGGAUAUGACAGAUAGCGAAACGGGUGAGACAGCGUUGCACAAGGCAGCUUGCCAACGCCACCGUGGCAUCUGCCAGCUGCUGGUAGAAGCAGGGGCAUCAUUGAGGAAAAUGGACUCCAAGGGUAAGACACCUCGAGACAGGGCCCAGCAGGCUGGGGAUCCAGAUUUAGCCUCUUACUUGGAGAGUCAUCAGAAUCAUCCAGUAGUGCCCCACGAGGAUUUAGAGACUGCCGUGUGAUCUCUGUGGUGUGCAAGAGAAAACUCUAGGAAAUGACAAAGCUGCACCUGAGGUACGCUUGAGGUGUCAUGUGAGGAAGAAGCAUAUGGAACCACCAGUCUCUCGCUCUCCUGCAAACUCUGAGAAGAAGCCACAUGUUUCUAAGGGCUAUGGAGACUUGCCACGGAACUGUUCCCACGUGUCUGCUUGUAGGGAUAAAGAAGGAGACUCAAAGGCCUGGAGAAUCCAUAGGCCAAGGAAAUGUAUUCUCACUGCUCUCCCUCAGUAGCAUGAAUGUCUCCCAUGUUCCCCUUGUAGAAUCUAUUUGAAUAAACAACAGCAACACAAAAUGGGGGGGGGGAGAAACAGAAACAACACAAACAUUCAUAAUCCAGGCAAACAUUUAUCUUCUUCUAACUCUUCCCAUGAAAAUCUUGUGUUUCCCGUCCUCCAUUUCUCUUACUUUCAUGCUUUAUAUUCUUGUUUCAGAUGCUGUGUUCCACAGCAGUAAACCAGCAUCUAUGUCUUUGUGCUAAAAUUUUCACCAUUCUUGAUUAAAUCAACUCUGUCAAAGGGGAUUUGGAAUGCUCACUGCAAAACCAUAUAAUGAAUUCCUGCUUCAUAUUCUCUCCAAGAUUGCAUUAUUACAUCAUUGCUUCUUCUGAACCCGUUUCCUCCCUGUUUUCUUUGGAUAUAUAUCAGGUCUGUGACAGAAAGAAUCAUGCAGAAGAAGAGUGAUUUUACUAUUUAUUUAUACAUAGAAAGGUGAGACUACAGGGCACAAAGAAACAGGUCAGAUUUAUCAAAGUGAUAAAUAUCUCUUAGAAUAUAUGAGGGUUUUACUCAAAUUCUAGAGUGACUACAUACAUAGAUUCAUUUCAGGCCUUAGGUUUGGUGGUAACUUACUAGUGUCCCAAAUUCACAGAAUAAAUUGUGGACCUCAUAGUCACUUUAGUGACCAAUCUAGUCUAGUGAGAUAUCUCAGUUCCUUUUUGAGUGACUUCCUUAUCACAAUUGAUUACAGUAGACUAGCUAUUUUUGGUUUAGUAUUGACAAACUUUGCUACAAAAAUAUUUCAAGAUGCCAGAUCAUGAUCAUGGGAAAUAUAUCGGUAACAUUUUCUGCUUGUUUACAUACCUUAAUGUGUAGCUUUUCACAUUGGCUAAAAGGUGGAUUUGGCUAAAUUUCCUUCAAGUUAAGUUUGACAUAAAACUCAGUGAACAGAUCCCUUUCAAUUUUCUUGGCAACAGUAACCAAAAUAGUUUGUCACUGCCAUCCUUCUGGAAUAUUUUUUAAACUUCUCUGUCUAAACUACAGCCAGGUACUCUCUGCAACUGCCUGAACAAGGCUUGGCCCAAUUUCAUUUCCAAGCUCAGAAGAGAUUAACCAGGUGCUGUCAAAUAUUGAGAUUUACCUUGGGUAAAAGAUAUUAAACAGAAUCUAUGACUUGACUGAAAAUCAACAUACAUCAAAUGAUAAGAUAUACACUCUAAGCUUCUGUAGCAAAGCCUUUCCAAUGUAUCUUAAUCUUCUGUGAGGUACACAUUUGAGGUUAUUGGCUUGAGAAGAUAUUUGCUUAGAAUUGUAGCUUGAAUACUGCCUUUAGAAAGAGUUGCUGGACUGAAGAACUCUUUUGUUAGCCUUCUCCAUUUUGAUUUCCUCUAGGCCUUUGCUGAAUGCAAAUCCCAGAACUCAUAGUAUCUAAUCAUCUAUCUAAUCAUAAUUACGUAUUACAAAAGGAGCCAUCAAGAGACUGUAGCUGAUGCUAAUUUGGUAGACUUGGAAGUCAAUGCAGAGAAGAAUCUGCAGUAGGCUGAGAGCCCAUUAAAGUAACUUAUGUUAUAUUAUGAUAUCUCGAUGGAAUCUCUGCCCCAUGUCAUUUGCUCCUGUUGUUGCCUAUGCCAAACUGAACUAACUUUUGCAUGGAAAGCGUAAGGGCAAACCUGAAUUCUUUCCACACUGGGGACUGUUCCUAGAGCUAGAUGGGCAUUGCAGGACCUGUUACAUAUGGAAGAAGUAGGAUGGAGAAUGAGUCUUAAAUUCGGUUGUCUAUCGCCAGCUAUAGAGUGCUGAUAUGAUCCAAAGUUGCUAGUAUUUAACUUGCAACAAGUUAUAAGAGAUAAUGGAGUUUCAAAAUUUAUCAGUCUUAUGAAAGCUUUUAUGUUGAUAAUGAGGCUGAAGCGUGCAACUAAAUAUUAAGGUUGUGUGCAGACAAUGCUUUUCCAAUCCUGGAAUUUUCAUUAUAGAGUUAAAGAGAAAUGGCUUUUUUUCCCCUUUUCUGCAGACAUCCAGUCUGUAUCUGCCUGUUUCUCUACUUGUCCCCCAUCUCCAAGCUGUGAAUCACUACUAAAGCUUGAAAAGAUUCAAAUUCAGAUUCAGUCUGCUUUGGAGAAGCUCUGCUAUAAUUUGAGCAGCUCCUGAUUCUAUGUGAAAGCCUAAUUCAGCUUGGGAUUCAUAAUUCAUCUAAAUCCAAUGCAUAUUCAUAGUACGUACAAUGUAAUAUCAAGAUGGAGGUUACGCAUACAGUAGGAAGGAUCUCAAACUGUCACUCAUGGAUCACUGGUGAGAUUAUGAGCAACAUGGGCACAACAAUUUUUACUUAAACUUAGUCUUCUUUGCCUCCAUAAUGUGAGGUUGCAUAGGGAAGGCAAGGAGCAAAGCUUGUGCCAACUUAGAGCAAAGCCAGGAGCAAGUUUUGAGAAUGCUCUCACUUAUGGUGGGCAGGUCUUCUGCUGGCCUGACUAGGAAAAGCAGAGUAUAAAGCCAGGAAUUAGUUUUGAGAGGUGGUUAAACACAAGGGUCUAGCAUUGGUCAAACCUUUCAUCCAUUGAUGCAGUAAUGAUUGGCCGAUGAUUUUCCAUUGGCCGUAAUAUCUACCACGAGGUAUCAGCAUAUCUAUUGCCUUUGGUGUGUUUUUGGAACUAUGCAUGCCAACUAUUUCUAUCAUCUGUGUUCAAUUCUUAACCUUUGUGGAAAAGUGGGAAAAAAUGGUUAGGCAUUGAGAGAAAAGCUAUAGAUAACCAUUCUACCACCAGUGUUAAUAGACAUUUUUUAAGCCAAGGAAGUAUGAUGAAAGUUAGCUAUCUUUUAGUAUAUUUAUAAUAUUAUAGUAGUAUAUUUAUUUCCUGCUGAUCUCUGUCCCCAGUAAAGUAAUUAGCUUUAUUUGUUGGGGAGGGUUUAGUCUUAGUCUAAGUUCAUUAUGCUGCCUUAGUAAAUACUUUGACAUGGAGACACACGUCCUUCUCCUUUUUGAGAGCUUUGUCACAAGCAGUCAUUGGAAACAUGGAGCCUGGGAGAGAAAUUAACACUUAACUGCACCUGUUACUAUUCAAAGUGUCCUGAAGUUUUUGUAAAAAAAACAAAACAAAAAACAGUAUGCAAGCAAUUAGCACCCAGGGGUAGACCUGUGAAUAUAUUUAUGAAAAAAGUUAAAGAAAAUCUAGAGCAUUAGAACUUGUUUCUUUGCCAAGAAGAGACAUAUGUCAAAUGUUUUUUUUCUUUUCUAAACUACUAAAAGUACAAAUUAGAGAUGGAAUUCUGAAAUAGUUCUACUAAGCAAUAUGACAUUCUGUCUUCAGUAGUCUUCCAUUUUAACAAAACAGUCUGACGUUUAGCUGGUUUCCCUCACUUGAUGCCAUUUAAAUGUGCUGGGACUAUAAUUCCCAAAAUUCAAAGUGGCCAUUCCAGUACAGCUAAAGCUGCCAGAUUAGAUAAAACUGGCUUCUAUACGGCACUGACUGAAAUACAGCACAUGCAGAAUUAGUAACUGGUCUCAGCCUCCAGGGUAAGAUAAUUUGUCUAGCCAUAUCCUACUUAAAUAGAAAUUCAAAAAGACAAGAAUUUAGCAAAACAAACCAUUAUCUUGCCAAAAAUCAGAGCCCACUGCAUUUGAUUCAUAAUGAAUUUGACUCCAUUUGCAAGUGUGUGUGCACGUAUUGGUGGGAUCAAAUGGUAAUGAGAAAUGAGAGGUGCAUUUAGAUAAUUCAGUUGAAGUUUUAAAUAUACGUAAACGAAGGACAAUGAUUAUUUACAGCAACAUAAAUACAGGUAGUCCUCAACUUACGAGCACAAUUGAACCCAAAAUUUAUAUUGCUAAGUGAGAAAUUUGUUAAGUGAGUUUUGCCCGCAUUUUAUCGCUUUUCUUGCCACAUUUGUUAAGUGAACCAUUGCAGUUGUUAAAUUGGAAAUACAGUUGUUGAGUGAAUCUGGUUUCCCCAUUGACUUUGCUUGUCAGAAGGUUGCAAAAGGUGACCACAUGACCCCAGGACACUGCAACUGUCAUAAAUAUGAGCCAGUUGCAAUGCAUUUGAAUUUUGAUCCUGUUGAGGAUGCUGCUAUGGUCAUAACAUUGAACAAUGCUCGUAAGUCACUUUUUUCAGUGCUGUUGUAACUUCAAAUGAUCAUGAAGUGAACUGUUGUAAGUCAAGGACUACCUGUAAUCGUGAUAACAUUGGAAAAAUAGGUUUGGUAAAUUUCUCCUGUUUCUUAGAAUAGCUAUUACAGACACUGGGCAUGCAUUGAUUGCACCUUGCCAUUUCUGUUGAUCUAGUUCCCCAUCGCAGCCUUGCCUUUCUUCUAGUGAACACCUAGAAGCAUACCUGAACUGAUUUUUCCAUAAGUGUGUGCAAAAUACAAACACAAUGGUUUGUCAAGGCAGUUCACCUGCUGCUGUUGUUUAAUAGAUAAGUCUUACAUCUAUUCCAGGGGUGUCAAAUUCAAGGCCCAGGGGCCAGAUCCAGCCUGGGGGGUGCUUAGAUCUGGCCCGUGGGGCUGCCCUAGAAACACCAAAGGACCAGCCUGUGGUGCCUCAGCCAGCAAAAACGGAACUCGGGAAGGCCACAUGUGAUCCUCCUGAGCUCCAUUUUCACUGGCAAAAGGUUGCAGGAGGCUGUUGCAGCUGAAAAAGAGCUCAGGAGCCCAUUUUCUCUGGCAGAGCACUUGGGCCACCACAGGUGGCCCCAACACUAGUGAUGUUGAGCUGGCCACACCCAGCCUGGCCACACACACACAGACACACACCGAGGUCAAACACAACCCUCAUGUGGCCCUAAUGAAAUCAAAUUUGACACCCCUGGUCUAUUCCAUUCAUUACAAGAUAGUGUGUUCCUUUGUUUCAUGGAGGUGUUUUGAAGGGUAAUUCUGAAAUCAUUAUUAAAAAUGGCUUAUUUAAAUUGUAAACCAUCCAAUAGCCAAAUCUUUCUCAAUCAAACACAUUAGGAAUACAAUCUGAGAAAAAACGAGUAAACAAAUAAAAUAAUUAAAAAAAAAUAAAGUACAAAAUGAAAACACCAUAUCAUUUAGGUAGCAACAUGGUGGUCAUUCAAAAAUGUAAACAAUAUAAACUAAACUAAAAUUAAAGGCCAAUUUAAAAUGCCUGAGGAAAAAUCAUGUACGUGAUCAAAAAAUCUUCAUAGGUCUUAUUUAUUUAUUAAAAGUCAUAUGCUCACCCAACUCCAGCUGUGAAACUCUGGGUGAGUGAUGUACAAAAAAAUAAAAUGAUAAUCAAAUAUAACAACAAUAAUAAUCUGUAAUAAUAACUUGGUUUAGUAAUUUUAUUUAUUUGUUUGAUUAAUGUAACUGCUCAUCUCACAUGUGAGCCUAGGCUUACAAUAAAAUAGAUAAAAAUAAUUACAAUAUAUACCAUUAAAUAAAAUAUAUAAUAUGAAUAAUAAUUAUUAUUAUUUGCUCAGUGGCUAAGAUGCUGAGCUUUUCGAUCGAAAGGUUGGCAGUUCAGCGGUUCGAAUCUACUGCUGCGUAACGGUGAGCUCCCGUUACUUGUCCCAGCUUCUGCCAACCUAGCAGUUUGAAAGCACGUAAAAAAUGCAAGUAGAAAAAUAGAAAAAACCUUUGGUGGGAAGGUAACAGCAUUCCAUGUGCCUUUGGCAUUUAGUCACGCCGGCCACAUAACCAUGGAGAUGUCUUCAGACAGCACUGGCUCUUUGGCUUUGAAACGGAGAUGAGCUCUGCCCCCUAGAGUCGGGAACGACUAGCAUGUAUGUCUGAGGGGAACCUUUACCUUAAUAUGUCAUUCUUAAUAUGUCAUUCAUCAGACAAGCCCAGGACAUGGGUAGUUAAGCAAUGAACAGUGGAGCUCCAUAUCUGGAUGUGGUUAAUUUUCUCAUUUCAAGUUAGAUACAUGAUGCUCAGGCUUCCUCAAAUAUUUGGCGGGAGGGGGUUUACUCAAAUAUUAUUAAUCAAUAAAUACAAUGAAUGUGUGGCUGCUUCAAACCCUUUCCUUUGUUGAGAGUGUUCAUCAAAGAACAACCAUUUUUGCAGGACUGCCAACUAAGCGAAGUGUGUGCUCUCACAGGUGGAGCCAUUCUAGGAAAGCCUUUGAAGCAGAAAUACAAAAGUUUUUGGAAGACGUAGCUGCCUCCAUGAGCCACAGAGGCAUUCAAGAGAUAUGCACAUACCUACAAUAGGAAAAAGAAAAACCUGCAGAAUUAGUGAUUCCUUACAUACCUUACAUAAAAGGGACACGGUGGCUCAGUGGCUAAGAUGCUGAGCUUGUCAAACGAAAGGUCAGCAGUUCAGGGAUUUGAAUCCCUAGUGCUGCGUAAUGAGGUGAGCUCCCGUUACUUGUCCCAGCUUCUGCCAACCUAGCAGUUCGAAAGCACAUAAAAAAUGCAAGUAGAAAAAUAGGGACCACCUUUGGUGGGAAGGUAACAGUGUUCCGUGUGCCUUUGGCAUUUAGUCAUGCUGGCCACAUGACCAUGGAGAUGUCUUCGGACAGCACUGGCUCUUUGGCUUUGAAACGGAGAUGAGCACUGCCCCUUAGAGUCGGGAACAACUAUCACAUAUGUGCGAGGGGAACCUUUACCUUUACCUUACAUACCAUUCUUUUUCUUUUUGGAUGGGGAGAUGUGACUUGAAGGUAUGCACCAUAUUAAUUCCUCGGUGGAUAGUUUGUCUCCUGCAAUGCUCAUUCACUUCUUAAUAUUGUUUUUUAAUGCCUCUUGUCCUUUUCUGGAACACUAGAAGCUUUUGCUGUGCUUUUUUUAUUUGUACAACUUCACUAAGCAGAUUGUGGGCCAAUUCCAUUGCGUGGAAUUGCUAAUAAAUAGCCAUUGGCAUUGCGUGCGCUGUGGUCAUUUGGAUGGUAAAUCUGCCUCCUAGAACAACCUUCUAUUAUUAAAGGCCAACUUCACAAACAACACAAAUAUCCAGAAAGUGACAAUUGUAUGUAGGAAUUGACAUGCAAGACUCGUGUAGCUCGAGUGGAAGGGAACAUACCCAGGGAAGUUUAGUUGUUCAAUUCAUGGAGAUAAGCCAGAAAACAAAGCCAUGAAUGAUUAUAGCUUUCCAGUGUUAUUGCCAAUAUAAUAUUGUUCCAGUUAUUGUUCCACACAGAAAUAGAUAACGUCUACAGACAUAAUCACUGAUUUUUAUAAUUAAAGUCAAUGAUUAUAUAGAUUCAUGUGUCAUGUUCAUUUAUACGAUGAUAUCAAUUUUGUUUUUCUUUUUAUUAAUAAGUGAUGCUAUUAAAGAACCAUAGGAGUUAGGACUAAGUGUAAUAUGAUCACGUGGAGGGUUUAAGUAUCUGAUAGAUCGUUUUGGCAUGUUUUAUAGUUUACAGGAGUGGCUAUAAGGAGACAUUACAGAAGGUGUGUCUUCCUUCCUAGUAAUACUUAAUUCACUAAAAUUUGUGAUGUAACGUCAACUUGCACAUCUUCUUGCUUGUUUUCCACAAAAUUGGUGUCAUUUGCAAAGUCAUGGAAGUUCACAAUAAGAUUGUGUAAUGCAAAGCACUUUAACAUACUUAAAAUGGGAAACACAGAAUAAGAAACCUAGCUAUUUGCUUAGUCAUGUUAUUCCCAUAAUACCUGUUUGUAGCUAACUAAUGAUGAUGUCCACAAAAUCCGUUGUCUAUCUAACCCCCUUCAGAAAACUAUGUCAAUUCUUGAAGGUCUCUCUCUCUCCCUCUCUCUCUCUCCCUCCCUCCGUCCCCCCUCUCCUCUCUCCAGUUUACUGAUGGCAAAUGGAUCAUAGGACAGCCCUGAUGACUGUUAAUUAGCAGCCCUGUUAAUUUUCCCAAAUGAGACUAAACUGCAUUAAAUGAAAGGUCGCUAAAAUCUUUGUAAGCUUGGGAAAGUCUUGUGAUGUGAUGCCAUUUCUGGCAUAGUGAUCUUGUGUGGGGCAGGAUACCCACUCAAAAUAAAUAUGAGCAAUUUCAAUUCAAUAAUAUAUUUGCUUUUAUUUGUUUUUAUAAGAAUGGUGCAUCUGAGUAAGAAUGCACAUAGAAAAGGAACGUAUUUCCCCAAAAAUGUAAGAUCUAGAUUUAGCCAGGCCUCAUUAGGACCUGACGAUGUGAAA